AUGAAAUAUGUAUAUUUAUCACUGUUAAUUAUUUUUCUUGGCGUAUGUUUAGCUUUUACCACAGACUCCCAAUAUUAUGAAGUGGACGAUCACCACGAUGAAAGUAUACAUGACGUGCAAGAAGAUGAAAAUUCUGAUGUCGAAAACAAGUACAUUGAAGCGAUGACCCAAAAAUUGUCAUCAAUGAGUAAGUCUCGAGACACGCAAGUAGUAACAAAUUGUGUUGAUAACAUUUUAGCUACGGACGAUGUGAAAAACCACAUCAAGGACAUUGUUCGCGGGUUUUCUGAUAAGGGAUUCGAGGACUGUGACACUAUCCAAGAUGGUUUUCUGGAUGCAACCGAAGUGGAAUGUUUCAUUUCUGAAAAAAUGGGAUUUGACAUGAAAAAACCUGGAGAACAAAUUGUGGCCCAUUAUGAUAAGGAUAUGAAUGACAAACUAGAUAAAGAUGAAGUCUGGAACAUUGUUGAAAACAAAAACGACGACCUAUAUGAAGUGAAACCAUCUACAGUUGAGAUGAAUAUGAAGUUGUUACAAGGGCUCCAGGGAGCCGACGACGAGGCUCCAGCUCUUCCAGGUCAAGGGAUUUUCUUCUAG